AUCGCCGUGCCGCUAGCGUGAGCGGGUAUUUAGAGACGUGUUUUAGAGAGCAGCAAGCCUGCUGUAACAUGCACGCAUUUCGCUUUGCACGUCGGGAACGGAGAAACAAUAUGCAGAGAAGGAGCAAAUAUUACAGGACCUCUCUGAUUAUAUAAGGUCGAUAAAUUACGUGCCCAGAGUAGCACCUAGAAGUUCAAACAGCUCUGGCCGCAAAAGAAGUCACGCAGCUGCGUCCUGUCUGGCGACGCCGCCAGAACAAGUUCGUGCAGAUGAAGAUCAAGGACAACAUGCUACACAACUCCUGCUCUCAAUGACCGCCCCGUGCAGUCCCGCUGCUGUUGAACUCACUGGAGAGCAGUGCCACGAGGAGGAGGAAGAACAGCAACACCAGCAGCAGCAGCAACCACAACAACAACAACAGCAGCAGCAGCAACAACAACAGCAGCAGCAACAACAACAGCAGCAGCAACAACAGCAGCAGCAGCAACAAGAGCAGCAGCAGCUGCAGCGGCAGCCACAACCGCCGCCUGCAGCUAGGCAACGAGUUCCUGUGACGGCGAGUAGAGGUCAAUCUUGA